AUGGUUAACACCGCUCCGAACGACAACUGGAAGUCACACAAAGCUAUCAAAGGAUUGGUCAGCUUCUCAUGUGAUAACACCAGAGCCGCCGACUCCACAGUAGACAGACAUCCAUCGGUGGGUUGCGACGUGGCUAUAUCUUCAUCAGGAAUAGUGUAUAUAAGCGAUGGUUAUUGUAAUUCACGAAUCAUGAUAUUUUCACCCGAAGGCCACUUCAUUACACAAUUUGGUUUAUCAGAAUCGAUGGCAGUUCCGCAUAGUUUAACACUUCUCGAGAACGAAGAUCUCAUAUGUGUUGCCGAUAGAGAAAAUCGACGAAUACUUUGCUAUACGGCGGGACUGAGCGGUGAGAGGAGACCCGGGAAACUAGUAUUCAAUGUUCAACACAAACUGAUGGGAAAGGUUUACGCUGUCGAUCACAUCGGCGAUAUUCUGAUUGCCGUUAACGGACCGGAAGCUAAUGGAGUGGCGCCUAAAGGGUUGAGUCUUGAUUUGGCGACCGAACAGUUGGUCGACAUCUGGGAGCCGACAACCGAACACUUCGAUACGCCUCACGACUUGGCCGUCUCGGCCGACAGCACAUCAUUCUUUAGCUUUAAAUAA